AUGCGGCGGGGCUCAGGAGCUGGAGGAGGAAUUGACAUACGAGAGCACACGUAGUAAAAAAUGACAAGGUGGCGGGUUUGUAAGUGUAAAGAUCGUGAGAAAUAGGAGCGUAGAUUGUUGUUAAUUUUUUAUUGGAUGCCAUGGAUAUCCUUCAUGACGGAGCGUAAGUUAGGCAGUAGAGAGCGUAGAGAGCGAAUUUGAAGGAAAGUAAAUAAUGACAUGCCUCGUCAGCAACACCUCGUGCAUGAGCACGACGGCAGAAUGUUUAUAAUAAAACUCACGUAGAGUAGUGUAUGAUAAAAAAACUGAUAGUACAAUAAAUUAAAAACUUCGAAAAUAAGGUUCAAUCAAGAAAUUGAUGUAUAUUUCGUGUUCGAAUUCGUGUAAGUGAAUUUUACAGUAUUUUUCGAGUUAGCACUCCAUAAAAUCUGCCCACAAACAUGCUCCGGCGAAGAAACGUUAAUUUGAAAAAUGUCAAAGAACUCGACGCAUUCCCGAAAGUUCCCGACACGUGUAUAGAUAAAUCGGCGGUCGGGGGAACGUUUUCUCUCGUCACUUUCUGCCUUAUUGUGUAUUUGAUCUACUCCGAGACGAGAUACUUUCUCGACAGUAGACUCCAAUUCAAAUAUGAGCCGGACACAGAAAUCGAUGCUAAAUUGAAACUCAACAUAGACAUCACCGUCGCUAUGCCUUGUUCUCGUCUUGGUGCUGACAUAUUGGAUGCCACCAAUCAAAAUCUUAGAGACUUUGAGCCCCUUACCGAAGAAGACACCUGGUGGGAGUUGUCGGUUCACCAAAGAUCUCACUUCGAUGCGCUCAAACACAUGAAUUCCUAUCUUAGAGAAGAAUAUCAUGCUAUUCAUGAAUUGUUGUGGAAAUCGCAGCAAGUUACAUUCUUUGGUGAUAUGCCAGAAAGAACUGAUGAUCCUGGUUAUCCCCCGAACGCGUGUCGCAUUCAUGGCAGUCUGGAUUUAAAUAAAGUUGCUGGAAACUUCCACAUAACUGCUGGCAAAUCUUUGUCUCUUCCAACGGGUCAUGUGCACAUUUCGGCGUACAUGUCCUUUCAGGAUUAUAAUUUCACUCACAGAAUCAACAGAUUCUCCUUUGGCGAAGCUAGUCCCGGAAUUAUACAUCCUCUUGACGGCGAUGAAAAAAUAGCUGAUGAAAAUAUGAUGUUAUACCAGUAUUUUGUUGAAAUAGUUCCAACAGAUAUUUCUACGUUAUUACACACAUCCAAGUCUUACCAAUACAGUGUGAAAGAUCAUCAAAGACCGAUUAAUCACAACAAGGGAUCCCACGGUAUUCCUGGGAUAUUUUUUAAAUACGACACAAGCGCUUUGAAAGUCAAAGUGAUUCAGCAGCGAGAUUCUUUUGCACAAUUUUUAGUGAAAUUGUGCGCCAUCGUUGGCGGUGUGUUUGUAACCAGUGGCCUGAUCAACAGCGUGGUCCAAACCAUCUGGUACAUCGCUUGUUGUAAAUUUCUCAAAUCACCAGAAUCGAAAAAUGAUCGAAGAGUCUUAAUAACCCAAGAUCUAUUGACCGAAAAACCGAAUGUUGGACCGAUUAACCUUAUCAAUGUUCCAACGCCACCAUGUAUAGAUCUUACUUUGCACGCUCAAUAAAGUAUUUUCAUGCGAAUAUUUAAAAAAAACUGCA